UUGUAUGUGAGGUCAGGUCGAAUGAGUGAGCCCGGUCCUAGAGGAGUGGAGUCAGCUCUCGCAGCGAAAGCACUACAAGUCGCCUUCACUCGCGUUGGAAUAUAUACAUUACAUGAAGGCUUGCCAUGCCAAGAGACUAUUCGGAUUUUCCUGUCAUCUAUAGGCUUUGACCGCAGUGAGACAUUCGUGGAUGUCAUUUCUUACUGGGAACUUUGGAAACAUUUCCGCUUGGAUCUCUAUCAGUCAAUAUAGUCCCGAAUCGCCAGCACGACGAACAUUGGAGAAACUGACCCGGCUGAUUUACCGGCGGUGAGGAGAUGUGUGUGGUCUUAUGAGUGACAGCUAUGGAACAGCUGAGGCUCCAUCUCCUCCUGUUGACUGUGGCUGCAUUCACACUCUGGCCUCUUGCCCGCGGUGCCGAUCUGUCGGUGCGGGCUAAAGAGGGCGGCGUGGCCGUGCUCAGGUGCAGCAUAGCGGGCAUGGACGUGGGCGCUGCCAGCCUCAAGCAUGUGGUGGAGUGGGUACGCAAGGACCUCGACAUCCCCAUCCUCAUCAAGUUCGGGCGCCACCCCCCCCGAGUGCACCCCGACUACGAAGGUCGAGUGUCCCUGCUGGGGGAGAGUGCUCUGAGUCUCCAGGCGCUGCGUCUGGAGGACCAGGGGCGGUACGAGUGCCGCAUCCUCCCUCUGGAGCAGACCAGCGAGGAGACACGCAAUGGCAUCUGGACAUUCCUCUCCGUCUACGCGGCCCCUAGCUUCACGGAGACCUCACCACCUGUUGUGGAGGCCCUGCUGGGCAAGCCGCUCACGCUCAGGUGUGUCGUCCGUGGCAACCCGCCCCCGACGGUCACGUGGGCUAAAGAUGGUGUCCUUCUCAAGCCGGACAAUACUGAGGUGCGCGAUGGGAUUGUUUCGUUCCAGUCAGUGACCAGAGAGGCAGCUGGCGAAUACAGAUGCGACGCCUCCAACUCCGAGGGCAGCGUGAGUCGUGUGACACGGCUGAGUGUCAAAGGUCCCCCUGUGAUCCGCAUCCCUCCGACGGACCUGGUCCUCGACAUCUCCCAGAGGGCCGAGCUGCAGUGCCAGGCGGACGCCGACCCCCCCAACAUGACCUACGUGUGGCAGAGGGAGGGGGAGAACGUCCACCACAUCCAGUCUCUGAAGUCUCGUGUGAAGGUGCUGGUCGACGGAACGUUGCUGAUCAGUGGCCUCGCCCCAGAGGAUUCUGGCAACUACAUGUGCACGCCCACCAACGGGCUGCUCACACCCCCCUCGGCCUCGGCUACCCUGACCGUCAGACAUCCUGCUCAGGUGCUCAACAUGCCCAGGGAGACGUACCUGCCCACAGGUAUGGGUGGAGCCAUUCCCUGCCCCGUCCGAGCCGAGCCGCCGCUGCUCCGCGUCGACUGGACCAAAGACGGGACGCCCCUGGACUUGGACACACAGUAUCCGGGGUGGACGCUGACAUCACAGGGCUCCGUGGUCAUGGCAACGGCCAGUGAGGACGCAGCAGGUGUUUACACCUGCACGCCGUACAACGCGUUGGGCACAAUGGGCCAAUCAGCGCCCACCAGGGUGAUUCUGCAGGACCCGCCCUCCUUCAAAGUGUCCCCUCGUCAGGAGUACCGUCAGCAGGUGGGGCGCAUGCUCGUCAUCCCCUGUGAGGCCGCAGGAGACCCAGCACCUAGCGUCACCUGGAGCAAGGUGGGGCGCUCUCCCGUGUCCCCCUUCAGCGCGGCGCCCAACGGCUCUCUGGUGCUGCAGCCGCUCAGCAAGGACCAGCAGGGGGCGUGGGAGUGCUCCGCGGCCAACAGAGUGGCCACGGUCAACGCCAGCACCACCGUGCUCGUCCUGGGCACGAGUCCCCACGCGGUGGCCCUGCUGUCUGUCUCUGCUGGACUCAACCAUGCCAACGUGUCAUGGGAGCCCGGCUUUGAUGGGGGAUACACACAGAAGUUCACCAUCUGGCUGAAGCGUGCAUCUUCUGAGGCCAGCGCGGAGAAGCAGGAGUGGACGUCCGUGCCCGUGCCACCCUCGGCGGGCACCAGCCUGCGGGUCAGCGACCUCCUGCCGAGCACCGACUACCAGUUCAGCGUCCUGCCGCAGAACAAGAUGGGCACCGGGCCCUUCAGCGACAUCGCCGCCGCCAGAACCCUGGACCCGCAACCAGUUGCAAAGGAACUGGCUCCGCCUUCAUUCCUGUCAGCCACUCUGACAGGAGGGGGCGUGGUGGUCCGCUGGAAGGCCCCCCCUGGUCUGGACCCGCCGGUGGAGAGCUUCCUGCUUCAGUCUCGUCUGGAGGGGGGCCAGUGGGCGAACCUCGUGGAGGGCAUCAACGCCGACCGCACCCACAUGGUGCUGCAGGACCUCAGCAAGGACAGUGUCUAUGAGCUGCGGCUGCUGUCUCAGCGCGGGAGUGAACAGAGCGCCCCCAGUGCCUCCAGGAACAUCUCCACCGCAGGGCUGGAGGUGUCGGUGUCCCCGGCCAGUCGUGGCCUGCAGCAGGUGGUUCCUGAGCCGCUAUUGGCCGGCCUGGUGGGGGGGCUGGGUGUGCUGUGUGUGGCUCUCCUGCUGACCAUCGGCACGGCGUGUGUGUACCGCCGCCGUAGCAACCAACGCAAGAGGAGGAGGGAUGAUCUCACACCUGCUCUCCUGGCCAGCCCGUCUGGAACAGCGAGUGCGGCUGGUGGCAGUCCAGACAGUGUGCUGAAGCACCAGCUCCUCCCUCCCCACCCUGACCACUCCUCCUCCUCCUCCUCCUCGUCCUCCUCCCCCGGCGACCCUUCCUCCUUGGAGCGCUCCCACCAGGCUGACUACCGAAACCACCAGCAGCAUCAUCAGCACCAGCAGCAGCAUCAGCAGCAGCAGCAUCAGCAGCAGGGGUCUCGCUCCUCGUCCUCGCGAGCGCUCCCCCCCCUCCCCGAGAGCACCCUGCGGGGGGGCAGCGGCCCCCUCUCCCCCCUCUCCCCCCUGGAGCUCAUCUCCCGCGGGCCGGACGGACGCUUCUGCCUGGACCCUGGCGCUCUCGAGACCCUGGAGGAGAUGCCCUUCUCCCGCACGCCCGUGCGGAGGAGCCUGCAGGCGGACUUCUCGCGAUGCCCCUCCUCCUCGUCGUCGUGGGGCCUAGGAGGAGGAGGAGGAGGAGGAAGAGGAGGCCCCCAGAGGUCCCACUCGCUGCGCUCCUACCGGGAGGAGAGGCGAGGCGGGAGGAGGGAGAUGGACACAGACGUGGACGCCCCGUUCGUGGUGUCCGUCGACGUCCCCGCCGCGAGCUACUGUCGCGGCCGCGCGAUGGCCAAGCACCUGUCCCUGCAGGGCGACCACCUCCUGGGCCGCCACGACGACUUCCACCUCGUCCCCGAGCUUCCGGAACGUUCCAGCCUGCUCUCGGAGGGCAGCCACGCGUCGGACGCGUACUCUGACCCUUCCUCCGAGCACCCGCAGUGCCCGGGCACCAGCUCCGGCUACGCCACCCUGAAGCGCACCAGCGGCGGUGGUGAUGGUGACGGUGGUGAUGCCAGUGGUACCGGUGGUACCGGCGCCGCUCCUGGUUCCGGCAGCCUGCUGGUUCUCCAGAUGGAGCACGAGCGCGAGAGGGGGAACCUGAGCCGGUGCUUGACGCUGGCGCGCGAGCGGGAGGCUCUGGAACGCGAGCUGAGGAAGUACGCGUCCGACAGGCACUCGCUGACCGGCAGGGACCCCCAGCAGCAGGAGGACCCGGAGCUGGUGUGGAAGACGCGCGACGGAGCCUCUCCCAGCACUGCCCUCCACUCCAGCAGGGGGCACUACUCACCGGAGGCCUCGGGCCGAGGGAGCACGCGGCCCUCCUCCAGCAUCCUGUGGGAGGCCAGUCCGCUGUCCUCGCCCACGAGGCCGGUCCCGGUCCCGGUCCAGACGCACGGGGUGGACGGAGAGUGGACGGUGCCGGGCGGCGAGCGAACCAAGCGCUCUCCGCUGUGCGAGGCGGAGGCCGAGUUGACCCCACGGGACGAGAAGCACAGGAGGAGCGUCGUCCGGCAAGCCUCGGAGCUGCGCCGCGCGUGUGUGUCCCCGGAGAGGCUCUCGGUGUCCCGGCCAUGGAGCCGAGGCUAUGAGGAGUCUCAGCUGCGCGCCGGAGGGGCAGAGACUCCAGCGUCCAGCGCAGUGGACGCGGUCCCCGACGGCCCCGACGAGAGCACUUUCAUCGAGAUGAGCGUCGACGGCCCCGAGAUAGAGGCGCGAUAUCACACCAUUGCUGCAGACCGGCGUGGAGGCAGACACACACACACACACUGGGACACACACACACCGCAGCAGCAGCAGCGGACGGGGGCACACACACACCGCUGGGAGAGAGACGUGUCCGGCGGCCAGCCGAGCCGGACGGUGUCCCACCUGGACGUGCUCAGGCCCGACCUGCGGCGGAGCGGCAGUCUGGGGGGGUCCCUGGGGGGGUCCCAGCGCUGGCACCGGCACCAGAGCACCCAGAGCCUGGACCACCGCAAGAGGGCCGGCUUCCUCACGCCCGACGCCUGGGUCCACUCCCUCAACCAGGGCAGAGCCGGCUCCGCCGUCCCCUUCGCCUCCUACCCCCAGCACCGGGAGCAGGAUCAAGACCAGCACCAGGAGCAGGAUCACCAGCACCAGCACCAGCACCGGGACCAGCACCAGAACCAGCUCCAGAACCAAGACCAGGACCAAGACCAGGAGCAGGAGGUCUGCGGAGAUCCCUAUAGUCGGAUCAUCCAAUCCCGCUCAAGGGACAUCCUGAGUCAACCUAGUUUCAGAGAGACCCCCCAAAGCCCCCCGCCCAGGGGUGCCACCCCAAACCCUUCCUUCAGGGACGCCGUGACCUCUCCAGGCCAGCGGCCGGACCCUCGCCGCCAGGCGUCCGCUUUCCCCCAGGAGCUCAUGGGAAACCCACGCCACCAAGAGCCAACGCCCAGAAGCAGCCGCCCGCGAGAGAGGAGAGAGGGGUACCCCACACCUGACAGAGGAACCUCCCCUCACCAGACGGGGUACCCCACACCUGACAGAGGAACCUCCCUUCACCAGACGGGGUACCCCACACCUGACAGAGGAACCUCCCCUCACCAGACAGGGUACCCCACACCUGACAGAGGAACCUCCCCUCACCAAACAGGGUACCCCACACCUGACAGAGGAACCUCCCUUCACCAGACGGGGUACCCCACACCUGACAGAGGAACCUCCCCUCACCAGACAGGGUACCCCACACCUGACAGAGGAACCUCCCCUCACCAGACAGGGUACCCCACACCUGACAGAGGAACCUCCCCUCACCAGACAGGGUACCCCACACCUGCUGGAGGUCACCCUGGCCACCAGAGAGCGCUGUCCCCUCUCGCCAGAAGCAGCUCCCCGCCCGAGAGAAGAGGCCUCUCGCGGUCCGACAGACGACGACGGAGUCCUCCUUCAGCUGACGGAGGGCCCCCCCGGCCUGGCACGGCCGCAGGGGAGACGUACGGCUGGCAGCACGCCAGCUGGGCUGCCCUCCCGGGCGCGGCGCCAGGCGAGGAGCAGGGCAGGAGGCCAGCGGAGGAGGUGGAGGUGACGGAGAAGGAGGAGGAGGAGGAGGAGGCGCACGAGGAGGAGAGCCAGGAGGUGGACGCCGAGAUCCGAGGGUACCGCCACCCGGCCGCGGAGAGCGAGGGCCGUUACCGUAGCUACGCCAGCCAGAGCAGCGGCCGAGGGAGUCUGGACCCCCCCAACAGCCUCAGUCCCCCCCCCACCAGCUCACCUGAGACCACGGAGGAGAGCGAGCACCACGAGAAGGGGCUGCGAAGGGGGAGCUCUGUGGAUGAGAACUACGAGUGGGACACACACUACGUCCCCAUGAAGCCCGUCUACGUGAAGCCAGGACAGGUGCAGCUCGGCCCCACGGGAGAGAGGUCACGGGGUCACGGGGUCAAGGGUCAGGUGACCACCAAUGGAGGAGGAGAAAGAGGCAUGUUCCCGUCCAUCAGAUUGCUGAAAUCAGGUGGGAGUUUCUCCUGUGCUGGCCUCCCCCACCACCGCAGUGCUGAAUCGGAGCCAGAGACCGUGCUGUUCUGACGGCUCUUCACCCAAGCCUCCUCAUAGUCCCUCUUUUCUCUCUCUCUCUCUC